AUGGUCAUCACGCCACGACCCCUAAUCAUCAAAGGAAACGACGGCGAACCUCUUCUCCGCAAGACUAUUCAAUAUGAUUUUCUUCAGGCCUUGUUCAACGAUACCACCCAAUGCUUCACCGAGCCCACUCUCCCAGCGCCGAACAACAAGGUCACAUUCAAUACACUCUACAGAAAAGCCCUUCUCGCCUCUUCGAAGAUGACAGGAUCUCAGAGGAUCAAGAUGGAACAGUUUCCUGAAUUUGGGCUGGUCAUGGCCCAAGUGUGUCUCCUUGUCAACAUCGGUCGCAUAAACACGACGUUAGCAUUCUACCCAGAUAUGAGGACGGCGCUGAGGUAUUAUCAUUCGAUUCCUGCCCUUCAACGAGACGAGACGACGCGACAGCACAUGUACGAUGCCGCUCGCAUGAAGACUGUACUAAAGGGAUGCGUUGGCAAUGAGAGUCCACCCGUGCAAACGCCAGCAGACAUACUUAAUCGCCAGGCGGCAGGCCUCAAGCCAGCCUGUAAUCCAGUCGCUGCUCUCUUUGCAUUCACCGUCCACAGUACAUCCAUCACUAAGGAUCACUUUAAAGAAUGCGAAUUCAUGGAUCUCUUCCUCCCGACACCUAUCCCAUCUGCUGCUCGCGCUCGAGCGCUCCUGUGGUUGCUCUAUCGGUACCUCGAAGACUCCAAAGGUCCGAAUCCCUUUCAGGAUCCAGCCGCAAAGAGCCAAAAGUACGCCCCGCCUCUACCGCGCAUCUCGAUAGAAGAGAUGGAAUUGGAAAACAUUGAUACGCCAGAGGAACUCGACUAUGGCCGGAGGAUGCUCCAGUACCGAGUAGAGUUCCUGAACAAGACGGAAGCAGAGUAUGCACAAGACUCUGGCAAAGGUAAAGGAGAACCAGCAGGAAAUGCACGAGGACAAAGGGCAAUCAAGAAGAAGGCUGCUAUUGGUCGAGCAGUACAAGAGGAGAUUGCCGCAUUGGAGACACAAUCGAACAUGUCUCGUGAUUCGUCUCCCAAGCCCAAUGCAUUGGUGGAUCCAGCGGCCUCCACUGCACAGGCAGCAGCGGCUACUCAAGCCGCGCAGGCCAGUAUCCUCGCGCAAACCGAACAAACGGCGAGGAGCUCACUUUUGGAGGCAUCCCCUGUGGAUCUGGUGGAUCAUGCAAAGAACCGUGUCAAAAUCUCCGUGAUUGACUCGGAAGAUGAAGAUGCAACUCCUUUGGGUCAGUCAGUUCUUGAACGCCGCCUUGCUAUUUUACAUGUUUUCUGUAAUCCGUAG